UCUCCUAAAAAAAAAAUCAGAAGGGGUUUGGGUUCCCUCGUUCAUCCCCAAUUCAAAAAAAAAACUGAUUCCCAGAAAGAAGAAAAAUAAAGCAAAAUUAAAAUCAGUAAUAAUUGAAGCGUUAAAAAAUGGCAGCCUCUUCACCGGUGAAAAGUAACAGUAGCGCCGCCGCGUCCGAUGGGAUGGUGUUACCUCAAUCCUCCGGUAUCAAUGCUUCUCGGAAUCUUCGCGGUUUAAAUAAACCUAAGUGCAUCAAGUGCGGCAACGUAGCUCGCUCCAGGUGUCCAUAUCAGUCGUGCAAGAAUUGCUGUGCAAAGGCUCAAAAUCCAUGUCAUAUACACGUUCUGAAAGGUAACUCAUCUUUUCCGGACAAGUCACCAUCUUCCAGCUCUCCCAUAUUUGACCAGCAAUCAACUGAAGCAUCUCAUUCAGGGAACUCCCACAGACUUCGCCAACUUUCUAGCAACUUUGCGCAAUUUAACAAUUUGCUAACUCCACUUCGAUCUAGGAAGCCAUUGACAAGAAAGGACGCACAAGUUAUAAACGAAUGGAGGUUCUUAAAGAUGAAGGAAUUCAAGGACAGAAACAUUGAAGCAGAACAUGAAUCUUUUGACCGCUACCUAGAAAAUGUACACUUAUUGGAAGAGGUUUUCUCUGUAAAUACUCCACAUGAUGAGCAGUCAGCAAGUUUGUCUGCUGCAGAAAACUUUGAGAAGAUGGUGCAGGGGUUGAAGUUGAAGCUCAGAUCAAAUCCAGUAAGAACUGAAAACUUAAGAAAGAGGAUCCAAUACAUUGUUGAUCAAGGAUUGAAGAAGCUUAGAAAGUAUGAGCAAAAUGAUGAUGCUAGUGAAAUUAGUGAUCCCGAAGAAGCUGGGAGGAUGUCUAAAAAGAUCAAGUCUUCUCAGGCAGAGAGGGCUUUAGCUUUAAGUGAUCUUAUUGAUAAAUUAAACAAAGCCCAAAGUGACGAAGAUCUGAAAGCUUGUCGGGAGAUGGCAUCCCAGUUGUUCAAUUGGCAUUCUAAGAAACAUCAGAUGGAACAAAGUGAUCCCGAAAAGUCCAAGGAACAGAAUCCUGAAAACAAUUUGUCACCCAAAAGGCAAUCCAUUGAUUCUCCAUCUAAGAGGGUUAGUUCGGCCACCAUCGAUCAAGAAGUCCUUUGUCAAAUUGAUGCACAUUUUUCUUCCCUGGAGGAGAGAGAAGAUUUAUAGGUUGGUCAGCUUUUCUUUUUAGUCGAUAAGUAUUAAGAUUUCUGGUAGUUUGUAGUCAUCUUAUGGUUUACAAUACUAUGUUGAAUGUAGUUAUGUAACAGUAAAUGUCAUUAUUACGAACUGAACUUUCCUUUGGGGACUCGUGCUUAGCGAUGGCAGUUUAAAUCGAGAAACCCAACCUAACUCUAUAUAAUUUAAUCUAAAACAGUAAUGAAGCAGGUAAGAGUAAAUUUCAA